AUGGCAAGCACAGAUAAUCCCUUCGCUGCCUUGCUGAGUGAAUCCAAAUCGGGAAUAGAUAAACAAUUAAUCGAAGACAUAUUUUUAUUCACAUUGAAGAGGGAGCAAUCGUCUCCAAAUUCAUCAAAAUCUAGGAAGGCUCUUUUAUGUUUAGCUGAUGUUAUUGUGUGCGAUAGUGGCGAAGAUGGCGUAAUGGGCGAAGAGUUGCUGUCCCAUGCUAUAUUCGAACGAUUAAUGUUAAUUGACACCAAGGAAUAUUUGGUACAUGGAGAGGGCGAAGAUGAUGCUUUGCAAGUUGACCCGAUGAUCUAUUUACAUCGGGCUUUUUUGUCUUGUGAAAGGCUUAAAUCAACCCAACCCAAUGGAGCAACAGACUAUGAAAAGAUACGUUCGCUAAUUAUUACGAAUGGCAGCACUUGUAUGCGUCAACCCGAUUUAUUUCCUGGCCAACCAAUCUGGAAGCAAUGGAAAAAAAUAAUGUUGACGUCUGUGGACACAAAUACGUCGGAAACUAUGGAUUUCAUAGUUGAAUGCAUCCAAAAAAUAUACGCCGAAGAUGAACCUCUGGAGGCAUUGGGAGCGUUGAAGUCUAACUUUUAUCCAUUGCUUAGUAAAAUCGAAACAAUCAUCAGUCAAUCCAAUAUACUUACCAUUAAAAGUGAUAUCUUCUGGCUUUUGAGCUUUUUCGUACGCGAUAAACGUAUACCACAAAUGGGCGAAGUACUGAUCGACUUUACAAUUCCAAAUCCUAACACUACAGGAGGUGCGUACAUGGAUACCUUAUUCGGUAGUUUGUUUUCGCUAUCAAUAUUACCUAAAAAUACGAACGGGCCGUAUGAGUUUUUCAAUGAUAUAAGUUUAGAGUCAAAAGGUUCAGAUCCGGCGCUUUGGCAAAUUAUGUCCAGAUAUCAAAAUGAUGUAUUCUGUCUUAUAAAACAACUACUGGUUCAAAGUCCAACAACAAAGCAAAAGAUGUUACAAUGGGUCGCCAAGUGCCUUUCUGCCAAUGUAUCCCGUGGCCAUUUGUGGAAUAAUCUCAAUGCUGGCAUUGAAAAUGUUGUUCAUCAGAACGCAAGUGAUGCAUUUAUGCUUGGUCUAACGUCUGUGUUAUUAAGACUGUGUGCUCCUUUAUGUGAACCGACAAUGAAGGUGCUGUUAGUAGAUCCGACAUAUUGCGGUGUACCAGACGAUGAAAGGGAAGAAAAAGGUGUCAAUAUGUUAAAAGCCUUCGAGGAGACUGCUUUACUGCCAACAGAAGAAAAUACCAAACGAACAACAGCCGCCAAAUUCAAUUUCAUUACGGAACUGUUCUUUCUGACACACAAAGCCUACGAACUAAGCUACAGGGCUUGUAUUGAACGAUUUGCUAAAAUGUCUCGAGAACUGCAGAAUUUACAGUCAUCUUAUCAAGAUGUUGCAAGCGCAGAUCCCAAUAAUGAAAUGGCCAAAAACUUGAUGCGUAUGCUCAAACAGCACUUGCAAAAGUAUUUGUGCCUGAGGAACUGUCUAAUGGAGCCGGAAAACGAUACGGCGUUAAUAAAGUUCUUCGAAGCGUCUGCAAUUUGGCUUGUGGAGGUAGCACUUAUUUCGCCCGAAGAACUGGAAAGUAUGCAUGAGUUUGCCCCACUUAAGAGGCGGAAUAAAAAAUUGCCACAGAAAAUCGAAUUUACACCACAUACGCUGCGAUGCAUUCCAGAAAAUAUUGUCGACAACAUCAUAUCGUAUCUCAACUUCAAUCGUCAUUUUGCCCCAGGACAUUUUAUUGAAUUCUACCCAUCGUCUCACGAUGCUUUCUUUAAAAUGAUAGUACUGUUCAUGGGCGCACCAGAGUUUAUAAAAAAUCCACAUUUACGUGCGAAAUUGGCGGAAGCAUUAGAGCUGUUCCUUAAAAAACAAUCGGCCGUUGGUACCACAUUCCUUGCACAUGUCUUCGAUAAUCACCCCGAUCGCUCUAAGGUAGUAGCCAGUCUGCUAAAUGUUUUUGUUUCCAUUGAAAUGACUGGGCAGUCUGUGCAAUUCGAACAAAAAUUUAACUAUAGACGGCCUAUGUACGCCAUAAUUGAAUACUUAUGGACCAAAGAGGAAUAUGUGCAAAACUUUCGCGACUUAGCAGCUGAAGCCGAGGGUAACAUGGAGGCAAUUGAACCUCCACUUUUCCUACGUUUUAUAAAUUUGUUAAUUAAUGAUGCUAUAUUUCUAUUGGAUGAAUCACUUAAUAACCUACAACAAAUACGACAACUACAAGAGGCGCAGGCCAGUGGAGAGUGGAAUAAUUUGCCACAAAAUGAACGCCAACAAAACCUAUCCAAUCUUCAUCACUUGGGCAUGUUGGCCCGUUUCGAUAACAUUCUGGGACGUGACACCAUUAAUAUUCUUAAACUAAUCACAACGGAAAUCAAGAGCAUUUUCUGUCAUAAUAGCAUGGUGGAUCGCAUAACAUCGAUGCUGAAUUAUUUCCUGUUGAACUUGGUCGGACCCCAAAAGGAAAAGUUCAAAGUGAAGGAUAAGAAAGAAUUCGAAUUUGAUCCGGCGAAAACAGUAAUAGAAAUUUGUCAUAUAUAUGUCAAUUUGAGCUGCAGCGAUAGCUUUUGCUUGGCAGUAUCCCAGGAUGGACGUUCUUAUAGUUCGCAGUUGUUUUCAUAUGCGGAAAAUAUUCUUAUACGCAUAGGAGGAGGGCAGUUAAUUGGCGAAAUGGCGGAGUUUUCAGAAAAAGUACAGAGAUUAGAAAAACAAUAUAAACAAGAACUGGAAUAUAUGGCCGAUGCCCCUGACGAAUAUUUAGACCCAAUAAUGUCAACUUUGAUGACAGAUCCGGUUAUAUUGCCAAGUUCAAAAGUCACAGUAGAUAGGUCAACAAUAGCACGUCACUUACUUAGUGAUCAAACAGAUCCAUUUAAUAGAGCACCGCUAACAAUGGACAAAGUAACACCAAAUGUGGAACUAAAGCAGGAAAUUGAAAAAUGGUUAGCAGAUAAACGUAAAUCUGGACCGAACGUCAAUAAUGAUCAAUAA